AUGCCGGUGAAGGAGCGAGCAGAGAGAAAACGGAGAGGCGCAGAAAAGCGCAAAAGGGUGAUCCAAAAGGCACAGCCACCCCGAAAAGUUGAACUUAACCUUAACUCAGAACCGUCACUGAGAGAUCCAGUCGCCGCUGGCACGCACUUAUCAAAGGUUCAUUAUGGUGUGCUCAUGCGUAGUCUCAAACUGGUAAUACUAACUCGGUUGACGGGCACGCUGCCAAUAUGCCCAAUUUCCAGUAAUUCCAUGGAUUGGCAUACGUGUUGCUACGUAUGUCUCCAGGCGCCGGUUCUUGCCUUAUUCGUGGUAUUAUUGGGCCUCGUCUACUGCUCUGCACACUUCUCUUCUGCCCUGAGAACUGGAGAAAACAAGGGCGAUUCCUACCCUUCACGCUUUCUAUAGAUAAUAUUCUUACUAUCAUUCUUAUAGAACUACUGUCAGAGUUUCUUUUGGCGAUGCAUCAGAUGCCAAUAUGGAUGAACGUACUCCAACGUUCAACGGGGACACCUUCAUUCCGCAUGGCUUUGACUGCGACAUGUAAUGCCAUAGCUGAUUCCUGGAAAUCAGCAUUUGCAAUGCCACGUCGCAGUAAAUAGCCAUAGAAUUCUCGAGCGAGGACUGGUCCAUCUACAUCUGCCAUUGUCCACAGGGUUGCAAUGACACAGCGAUAGCCGAUAGUCUGGAUCACAGCAGCAAGGCUUAUCAUCUCAUCUGGAGCUAGUUCAGAUUCGCCCGUGCCACUAUGGCAGGCAGCCAGAAACGCCAGCUCCCCGGAUGAGGCAGUGGCACCUGCCAUAAUCUCUUUCACAGACAGACUUCCGCCGUGCAAGGCAAAGUACGACUCUAAAGGUU